AUGCCUUCACCGUCGGACUCCAGCAGCGUGGCCUCCGCCUCAGGGUCUCGAGGCUGGUCGGACAGCCGUAGGGGCAUGUCAGGUCGGGGGCCUGGUGGUGCGCGGCUGCUCCUGUACCUGGGGCUUUGCCAUUUGGGCCUUGGGGCCAUGGUCCUGGCCUUCUCAUUCACCAGCAUGGCAUUCACCUCCUCAGCUCGCGUGAGGCAGUCCUGUCCAUUUUGGGCUGGCUUCUUUGUGGUGGCAUCAGGAAUAGUUGGGAUAAUCUCAUGGAGGAGACCUUUGACACUUGUGGUGUCACUGUUCAUGCUGCUGUCUGCAGUUUGUGUGAUCCUCAGUCUGGCCGGCUCCAUGCUCUCCUGUCAGAAUGCACAGAUGGUCAAGUCUAUGCUCACCUGCCAGGUGGAGAAUGGUCUGUGUGUGUGUUGCGCGCCCACUCACUCCUGUUCCAUCACAGAGGAGGAGACCCUUGUCCUCUACCUGAAUGCUGACUGCCACUCGGUCAGACAUCAGCUGAAGGACCUUUUGUUCAGUGCUUGUGGUCUCAGCAUUCUCUCCACUAUCAUCUGUACUUUGUCCACUGUGACCUGCAGUAUUCACAUAUUCUCCCUGGACCUUGUGCACCUGCUGGCCCCCCAUCGCUCUCGUUCAGUCAACCCAGAGUGCACCACUCCUCAGGAUGCCUUCCUGACUAAUAUCAUGGACUUUGAGGAGUUUGUCCCACCCAUCCCUCCGCCCCCUUACUAUCCUCCUGAGUACACCUGCAGCUCAGAAACAGACGCUCAGAGCAUCACUUAUAAUGGCUCCAUGGAGAGCCCUGUUCCCCUGUACCCCACUGACUGCCCCCCUCCUUAUGAAGCUGUGAUGGGACAGAGAGCUGCCAGUCAGGCAACAAUGUUUGACCCCCACGGCACAGAGCUGUCUGGAGAGAGAGGAACUUCUACCGCCUUCAGUGGAGAGGUGUCCAUGGACAGUGGAUCUCUGUUGAUGUCAGAGAUUGUGGACAUCCCUGAUGAUUCCUCCCCAUCCGAGGACUCCUGUCUGAUGGAGGUUGGGCUAAGGUACCAGGGAGAGAGGAGCAACAGGACCAGUGGUGAGGGAGGAGAUGGGGGAGAUGGAGGGGAGUACAUCAGCUUCCGUGGACCCCCAUCUCAAACACCAGAGAGUCCUCUGGCAGGAGGACCGAGAGCCAGACGCUUCCUCAGAGGAGAGAGGUCCAACUCCUGCUCUUCUCCCAGCACAGCCACCACCACAUACAGGUCUCCAGUAUUGCGUCGUCAGGCCAUAUUAGCCAGUAGCUGUUCCCAACUGGAAGCAAUAGGUGGCUCUACCUGUCAACCGCGUUCCCCCAUCCCAGAGAUUCAAGUCCGACCGUCCACUCCCUCACACCAAGGAGCUGCUCUGACCACCUCUGUUCCUCCCACUUCAUCCUCCUCAGCUGCCAGUGAGCAGGGCAAUGGUCAAGAUAACGGGCUGCCCCCCUCACGUCAACCGCUGUACCUUCGACGAAGGGCAGGGAAGAGUGAAAAGGACGGAGAGAGUGUACGAAGAGAUAGUGAAGGGCUGCUACGCCUCGUGAGGUCGCAUAGUGAGCCGGGCCUCGGCUCCUCAACUGAUACAGUUGACUAUGGCUCUGGAGGCAGCAAGGUAUCUAUAGAUACAGGUCCACCCUCCGAAGCGUGUCUGUUGCCCCGAGCUUCUUUGCCUCCUGCUGCUGCUUUGCCAAGGAAAGGCAGCAUGAAAUCAGCAGCCACGGGGGUGCAGGUCCCCGCAAAACCUCCACCCACAUCUCCACUGCGCUUACCUAAAGACUGCCACCGUUCCCUCGGAGACCUUAAGGUGACUCGAGUUCUGGUGGCACGUUUCCUGCAGCGCUCUAAACGCAACUUAGCUCCCUCUUCCGAGCAUGCUGGGAGCACAGCGCAGGGGCCUAAGAGGCGGAGUGGAGUUGAGGGUGCGGCCAGCAACCAUAUACCCCUGGAACAAGUGUUGCGGACCCCUUGGAGCACCGGCCGAGGACACCCCAACCAUCACGCUCAUCAUCCUCCUCAUCAUCGUGGACACCACCAUUCCCAUAGUGACAGUCGACACAACCGGCACUACAGCAGCCGGGCGCCAGAGGGGAUCCACCUGCGCAGCUGUGGAGAUUUAAGCUCCUCCUCAGCGUCACUACGCCGACUGGUGACGCCUUGUCCAUCGCAUGGGUCAUCGGGAGCCCUCUACUCAGAGUCUGCACUGUAAGGAUGGGAGGAGGGAUUGGGGAGGAAAAUAGGAGGCAUACAAGAUGGCAGGCUUGUAGGGAAAAAAGGCAGGCUGAUGAUAGGAAGAGUCUAAAGCAGGAUUUAGUUAAGUGAAAACAUCUACUAUUUAAAUUUUGAAAGUCUUCCCUCCUUUUUCUCUUUGCC